AUGGCGUCCGCCGACGCGGAGAAGACGGAGAUGAAGAUCGAGGGCACGAUCGAGGCCGCACAGGAAUUGCACGAUGACCCGCAGUCCCAUGUGAACCCCGAUAAGAUCGAGGAGAAGGUCGUUGCCGAUGCGCGUGACGCCGGCGUGCCUGCAUAUCAGUUCGACCCGGAUGCUUCUCCAGAAGACAAGGCCAAUGCCGCAAAAGGGCGCUUGCCGCCGGAUUUUCAUCACCCCAAGAAGCCUGCGGGCGUUGCAGUAAUUACAGAUAAGGUUGAUGGGAAAGCGGAUUAUGAUCUGCCUCCCCCGCAAUCCGCGACCGCCAUUAUGGCCGAGGAUGCGACGUUGGCGGCGGAAGGGGAGAAGCCGAAUGAUGACGAUUUACGAUGGGCGCGCGAUCGGACUGGGUGGGCUCCGAAGUUCGUCACCGAGAAGCUGGCCAGUGCUGACGAGGAGGGCACGUUGCUGGAUCACCAGGAUUUCUUGGAGGCCAGACUCCCUGAUAAGCUCUUCGGAGAUUGGUAUCACAAUGCGGCGAUCAUCGUGUUUGCCUGUAUCUCCUCGUGGAUGGUGGCUGUUCUGGGAGGUGGGAUCGGGUGGGUGUUGAUGGUCAUGGCAGCAUGCAGCACCUACUACCGCACGUCCAUUCGCAGAGUGCGCCGCAAUUUCCGGGACGAUAUCAGCCGUGAAAUGUCCAAGCAGCGCCUGGAGACCGAUACUGAGAGCCUGGAGUGGAUCAACAGCUUCUUGGUCAAGUUCUGGCCUAUUUACGCCCCGGUGCUUUGCGACACCAUUAUCAACUCGGUCGACCAGGUCCUUAGUACCUCUACCCCGGCCUUCCUCGAUAGCUUGCGUCUGAAGACUUUUGUCCUCGGAACCAAGCCCCCUCGUCUGGAGCACGUCAAGACCUACCCCAAGACCGAACCCGACACUGUUAUUAUGGACUGGAAGUUCAGUUUUACCCCCAACGAUACCAUGGAUUUGACAGCGCGUCAGAUGAAGGACAAGAUCAACCCCAAGGUUGUACUGGAAGUUCGUCUCGGUAAGGGUGUCGUCAGCAAGGGUCUCGACGUGAUUGUGGAAGACAUGGCUUGCUCUGGCUUGAUGCGCGUCAAGGUUAAGCUCCAGAUUCCAUUCCCCCACAUCGAGCGUAUAGAUGUUUGCUUCUUGGAUAAGCCCGAGCUCGACUACGUCUGCAAGCCCCUCGGUGGUGACCACCUUGGAUUCGAUAUUAACUUCAUUCCCGGUUUGGAGCACUUCAUCAAGGACCAGAUCCACGCCAAUCUGCAGCCCAUGAUGUACGACCCCAACGUGUUCCCCAUUGAGAUUGCCAAGAUGCUUGCUGGAAAUCCCGUCGACCAGGCUAUUGGUGUUGUGGCCAUCACUCUACAUGGUGCGCACCAGCUCAAGAAUCCCGACAAAUUCUCUGGUACUCCCGAUCCGUAUGCUGUGGUUUCUCUGAACAACCGCGCUGAGCUCGGCCGUACCAAGAUCAUCCACGAUACGGAUAGUCCACGUUGGAACGAGACCAUUUACGUUAUCAUCACCUCUUUCACUGAUGCCCUUUCUAUCGCUGCUUACGAUUGGAACGAGUACCGCAAGGACAAGGAGAUGGGUACUGCCAGUUUCGCAUUGGACAAGCUCGAACAGGAGCCUUCACACGAAGGUAUUUACUUGGAAGUGCAGGCCAGUGGCCGUCACCGUGGUGCCAUUCAAGCCGAUAUCCGAUUCUUCCCCGUCAUUGAAGGCCGCAAAUCCGAGACCGGCGAGAUGGAGCCCGCUCCUGAGCUCAACACCGGUAUUGCUCAAUUCACGAUAGAACAGGCUAAGGAUCUGGAUGGAAGCAAGAGUCUGGUUGGCAAGCUGAACCCUUACGGUGUUCUGCUUCUGAACGGCAAGGAAAUCCAUAUCACGAACAAGCUGAAGCGCACCAACAACCCCAUCUUCCAGAACGCCUCCAAGGAGUUCCUCGUUACAGAUCGCAAGAAUGCCAAGCUGGGUCUUAUCAUCAAGGAUGACCGUGACCUCAUGGCCGACCCCAUCGUUGGUCGCUACCAGAUUAAGAUGACCGAUAUGAUCAAGAUGAUGGAGCGUGGCCAGCAGUGGUUCCAUCUUCACGGAGCCAAGAAUGGUCGUGCCAAGCUGAUACUGAACUGGAAGCCCGUUGCCCUGGGAGGCGUUGGGGGUGCCGGCUACAUCGAUCCCAUUGGUGUGAUGCGUUUCCACUUCAAGCGUGCUUCCAAUCUACGCAACCUGGAAGCCAUGGGCAAGUCUGACCCUUACGCUCGUGUGCUGCUUUCUGGUAUGACCCGCGGCCGUACUGUUACCUUCCGCAAUAAUCUCAACCCUGAGUGGGAUGAGGUCGUUUACGUGCCUAUCCGCAGUGCUCGCGAGAAGCUGACUGUGGAGGUUAUGGACGAGGAGACCAUCAAUAAGGAUCGAACUCUUGGUUGGUGUGAUCUGAAUGCUUCAGACUUUGUCCGUGAGAGCGAGUCCGGUGAGUAUGAAAUCGACGAUGAGAGACAACCCAUCAGCAGCCCUCUCAAGAUCAGCGGCGGCAAUGCCAAGGGCGAACUUCACUACACUGUUGCUUUCUUCCCUACUGUUCCUGUCAUCAACCCCGAGGACGAGGAAGAGGAGCAGGAGGAAGAAGAGUCGGAUGCACUCGGUACUCCUGGCCCUGACGAUCCUCGGAAGAGUACCGACUCCAAGGUUCGGAGCAUGCACGUCAAGUCUGCUAGCGUUGACUCGAAGGCUUCCAAAAUUUCCAAGGCCUCCAAGGCCUCCAAGGUUGUGUCCAAUGGCACCGCUCCUAACGGCACCAAUGGCGAUCCCAGCGCUAGCCGCAACAGCCUGGAAACCAAUGGAUCCCGGCCUGCGACUGGACCCCUAUCUGAGACCGCAUCCGUGCGGUCGAUCAAGUCUAUCCCCCGGACUUUUGUCCAUGCGGAGGAUCUGGAGAAAUACGAAUCCGGAUUUAUCGUCUUCAAGUUCCAUGAGGGUAAUCUGGCACAUGCUCAUGUCCAGCUGGAGGUGUUGAUGGAUGACUACAUGUUCCCCGCGUAUAUCUCAUCGAAGAUUCACACUACGACCGCCAAGUUCUCGGAUGUUGGCGAAGCUUUCGUUCGUGAGCUUGAGUUCUCCAAGAUCACCUUGCGUCUUGUCAACAAGGAUGACCCCAAGGAUUCGAGUGAGGAAAACACUGUUGCCAAGCUCACCGGUGACACCCUGCCUACCCUCAUGCGGAUGUUGUACACUCCUACCGAGCUUGUCCUCCGCUCCAACACUGGCGAGGUGAGCAAGGUCACUGUCAGUGCCCGCUACAUCCCCACCCAGAUGAAGCUCGACCCUACCGAGAGUAUCAACAACAUGGGUACCCUGCGCGUUGAUGUCCUCGAUGCCGCCGAACUUCCCGCCGCCGACCGCAACGGCUUCAGUGAUCCUUACUGCAAGUUCUACUUGGGCGACGACAAAGAUAGUGUGUUCAAGACUAAGGUGCAGAAGAAGACUCUUCACCCGGCCUGGAACGAGUUCUUUGAAAUUCCCAUCAAAUCCCGUAUCGGUGCUAAGUUCCGUGUCGAGGUAUUCGAUUGGGACUUUGGUGACAAGGCUGACUGGCUUGGCUCUUCUCUAAUUGACCUCGAGAUGCUCGAGCCUUUCCAAGGACAGGAAGUUACUCUGCCUCUGGAUGGUAAAUCCGGCGUUAUCCGCAUGAAGCUUCUCUUCAAGCCCAGCUAUGUUAUGCGCUCCCGUCAAGGUUCAUCCACCUUCUCGGGUACCUUUGCGGUCCCCGGCAAGAUUGUCGGCGCCCCUGUCAAGGGUGUCGGCUUUGUGGGCGGCGGCGUUGUCCGCGGCGCCUCCUUCCUGAAGCAUGGUCUCAUGUCCCGUCUCCACAAGGACAAGGGCGAAGACACUGCUUCAAUCAUGGACAGCAUUGAAGAGCCGCAAGCCAAAGGCGAACGCCUAACCCCCGCCGCCUCCAUCGCCGAAUCUCCCACCCAGAACACCAACGGCUCCUCCCCAAGCAGCCCGAAACAGGAACACAGUCGCAACCGCAGCACUGCAUCCCAGUUCGGUGACCGCCUCAGCGUCUUCGGUGGCAACGGCCGCGCCGACACAGGAACGGCUAACAUUACCGUCGUCUCGGCAUCCGGAUACCCUACCUCGGCCAAUCUGCGCGUUAUCAUCAGCCGCCCGACCUCCCGCGGCACAAAGGAACUGCACAAGACGAAAGCGCACAAGAACUCCAGCGGUAGCAUCACCUAUGACGACUCUUUCCGCGUCCCCAACAUCACUGCUGACAAGCAGUACUCCGUCAAGGUCGUCAACCACGCCACUUUCGGCUCGGACGAUGUCCUCGGCGAAGGUGUCUUCUUCGUUGACGAUCAGGGUUCCGUCGCUGGUCAGGAUAAGACCAUCGCUGCCGGCGAGGGUGAGGUCGUGAUCCGCUCUAGCUUUGCGCCAUCCGACUCCAACCUCAGACCCACCACUUCACACUCGACCGCCGGUGCUGGUGAUAUGUCUGAGGGAGCCGAGAGUCCUGAUUCUCGCAAGGUGCCUCGCAGAAGUUUCUUGAGUAAGAGAGGUGGCGAGAGGAGUGUCAGCGGGGCGUAA